CCCACUUCAGUACUCGCCUGCCCGCCGUUGCGAACGGUCGCGCGCUCGCGGCACUCCCACCUCGAACUUUCAUCCAAAUACCAAAUUAAGUGUUUGAAUCCAUCGAUGACGUAAGCAGAACACGGAAUUAAGCUGUCAAAAGGAAUACUUCGAUGACCAGCAUGGCCCGUCACCUGUUCAGUCUGUGCGCGCUCCUGGCGCUGUCGGCCGCCCGAGGUCAGACUGAAACUGAACCGCCCACCACUAUCACCACCAAACCGCCACCCACCACCACCACAGCGGCGACUACCACUGUCGCCUGGGAGACCAAGACCCUGAACGAGGGCCAGGCCAUUCAGAAGGCCUUGCAGUAUCUGCUGCAACACCGGCAGCCGGAUUGGGGCUGGGGGAAUGAUACGCAUGAUGUCAUGCUCACUCUUCAGCUUGCAAACAACACUGGAAAGGAGAUAGAGCAGCAGGGAUUGGAGAUGCAGCUCUCUGCCAAACAAAUGGAGAUCGAGAUUCUACUCAUGAUGUCAAAGCACCACGAGUCUCCCCCGCCGCUGGCGCGCCUUGCCGCCUACACCCUCGCCCUCGGCGCUCUCUGCAAGGACCCUCGCUCCUUCCACGGACGAGACCUGGUAGCAGCCCUUCUCCACCGCGAGCCACCACAUGACUUCGACUUCGCCUAUGCUACUCUGGCUGCCUGUUCGUCUGCAGCUCAUGUCAGACGUCGCCAUAUCAGGCGGCUGCUGGAUAUCGCUAACGCUGCCGCUGAUCAUAGCCUUGAUACAAUCUCGAUGGUGAUCCUGGCGUUGCGCUGCGUAGUCCAAGACCACCGCCACCGCAGUCUACUCCAUUUCGUGCGGCGCCCCAUGGCGGGCCUGGCGCGCCAGCAACAUCCUGACGGCGGGUUUGGGACGCAGCUGACGACCACCGCUCUGGCUAUACAGGCUCUAGAGGACUCUGACAGUGGACCAGGCGCUCAUCAGCACUGGAGCCUUCCUUCAGCUCGCAAAUGGCUGCUGGAGCGGCAACAAGCUGACGGCGGUUGGGGAGACGUUCGUGACACUGCUGCUGCCGUUGCUGCCCUCACUCCUGCUUCCCUGGCAGCAGUCAGGCCACCGCAUUGCAGGAACAAGCUGCAGGAUAACCGGAAUGAAUCCCUAGAUAACAACAACGGCGACGGCAGCCUGAAGAUGUCAUACCUGUCUCACACGAGCAACGAGUCGGACGCGCGCAACGUAUCCUUCACCUACACUCUAUGGCUUGGCACUAACGUCACUGAGAACUACACGCUCUACAUGAUGGCUCCAAGAAACAUCUCUUUCUACCACGUAAUGCAAAUGGCAGCCGAGCAAGACCCGAAGUUCAAGUUUGAAGCCAGUGAGUGGCCGAACGGGCAUUACGUCCACACGCUCGCCGGACAUAAGGAAGAACCGAUGGGCUAUCAUUACUGGUUGCUGUACCGUCUGACUGAGAUUCCUGACCCGGCCAGCCCGCCUGGCAACCAGCUUGUGGCUCCAGUUGGUGUCGACGACCUCUUGGUAGAGGACGGGGAGCACUAUCUCUUCUGGUACAAGAAGCUGUAAAUCUCAAUUUUCCUUUGCUGCGCUACCAGCGGCAUCUUAGAUCGUAGGUAUCUUGAAGGACUUUGCUAGAAACUUAAUAGUAUUUUAACGGAGGCACAAACUAAGCAGUGAAAUAAUUCGUUCGCAAUUAUCAGUUUGUUCGGAACUUAUGCGCAGAAUUUCAAGAAAGUAAAACAUUGUGAGGAAUCCGGGCUAAUUCCAAUACGGCCUAGAUAUCCCUUUAAGUUAAAAGUUCACAUAGCAUAAUCGUAGUUUUUGUGAAUAAAGCAUGUGCCGAUGCUUGGAAUUGAGAAGACAAGGCCCGGACUCACUUAGGAUUAACCAAUUCGUUGCGUGUUCCAUUUUCGAAAACUUUUGGCUGUGGCGCGGAACAAUAAUUCCAUGACACGGCAGCCAUGCCAUGCGCCAUAGAAUAUGAUGACACUCCUCCCGUGUUAAACGCCACACGUAAAAAAAAACAUUUAUGACACGGCAGGCGUGUCAUCAGCACCGAAUCGGUUAAGGAAGCGCUAAUACCUAAAGAAUCUGCAAAUAUCAGAUAUCUACAGUUUGCAUCUGUGCGCUCUGGGUUUUUGUGUACGCCGUAUCAUGCAUAGCGAGAUUGUGGAUUGUGGGCAAGGGGGAACCAAAAAGGCAAGUGGAAAAGGGGAAAUCAUGAAAUCGCCCUCGCAACUCGUGCGCAAACUAUAGACACUACAUCUUGACAUCUAACUUGCGAACGAAAUGUUUGACAUCUGCUGUUCUUAUAAUAAUAGUAUCAAAUUAGGAUCUAGUAUUUUCUUCAUUAUACCGGCUCAUUUAGUAUUUAAACUAUUUAUUUCCUUGCUUAGGAUAUUGACAAGUUGUGACGCAUACCAAAUCUUUAGUGUAGUCUAUUUAAUUAAUCAAAAGACUAUUCGAUCCAGCUUUUAAAAUCAUUUCAGUAAAUAAUGUCGCUAAGGCGAUUCACAUACUGACACCGCAAUAUGCCGCAGAGAGCGGAGUGACUAACUUAGCAAUGGAUUUUUUUUUAAUAUAACACGCCCGACUGUCUCAGCCCCGGUGUGAAAACCGCCUAAAUGUCAUUCUUUGGCAGAUCGUGGUAUGAGUGUGUGAAUCGCCUUAGAAAUAAUGACAACAUUUUUUAACUUAUAUGGUUUUACAAGUUUUUGGAUAAGAACAAUAUUUUUAAUGUAAAUAUUUCUGUCAAUGUUGGUACCUAUUUGAUUGUGACUAGCCGUACUUUUUUCUAAUCUUGAGACCUACAAGCCUGAGCGGUUACCGCGUAAACCGGAAUUCGCAAAUUGCGGGGAUCUUUCUCUUUUACUCCAAUGAAGGCGUAAUUAGAGUGACAGAGAAAAAUCCCCGCAAUUGGCGAACUUCGAUUUUCGCGGUUAUAGCCCUGGUUUUAUCCAUACAAAUCCAGAAAAAAGGUGUUAGCGAAUAUGUUGUACUAAAAAAAUUAUCGGUUGGAUAGAUUCGACUUUUUAAAACUAGACUCUAUGCCGCACGGAUUUAAGUAUAAUUUCAAAUAAAUUUGUUUUAUAUACGUGCGUUAAUUCGUAUGUGGUAAAAAGCAGACAAAAUAAAAUAUAAAUCUCUAAUUUUUGCUUCGUUUAGGUUUUAUGGUUUUUUUUUUUGUACAAUUAUUAGUUUCUCUACUUAAAAAAUAUUGCAAUACUUAUUAUAGGUAUGACUUAUUUAAAUACCUACAUUUUGUAAAGUUUACAGUGAGUUGUAUUGUUUUACGAAAAUCCAUAUUUUACAAUGAUAUUUUAAUUGUUAAAUCAUAACCAAAUAAACAAACAGCAAACACUGUUUAGGAAUUAAAACUAUUAAUAGAAAAUCUAUCUAAUUCUGAUAUCAUCAUUUUUAUACUUCAAAAUAUUGAUGUUACUGUUAAUAUUAUUAAUAGACAUUGAGUUAGUUGGGCAGUAUGUACAUUAGCUCUGUAGACACCCACAGUGAACUUUCCUAUAAUUAUUGUGACUAUGGAAAUAAUUUAUUGCUGCCAAGCAAUUCCAAGCUCGAUAUGGCUUUGAAAAGCUGUAGGGUCAAGGCGGGAUCAGUGGCUCAACGUAAACAGUGGCUCAGUCGCCCAAAUAUGCUCAUGGUCUGAUAAAACAUGGUCUUCUCUUCCCAGAGUGACACAAGCCUACGUCACAAUAACAUGGCCGCUAUACGUAGCGCUAUCGCAUAUUAUCAUAUAGCGCUGUAGCAUGAUGACGUAGGUUUGUGUCAGUCACGUGACCACGAAAAGACGGGAAGAGAGUACCAGGUGGAGUAUAUUAUCAUACCAUGCUAUACACUAUAGCACCCUUAGGUAGGUACGUGUUAGAAUAACCAUUGGUAAAAAUACCGUUUGGUAUGUUCUAUCCCUUUUCGGUAAUCCGACCAUUAGGAAAACAUCGUGAAGAGACGUACAGCAGCGCAGCGUAAAAAAUUGUUACGCCAAUUCUUUGGAUUAGGUUGCCGAAUCGGACGAAGUGCAGUUGAGAUUGACUUCUCAAUAUUGUGGCAUAUCAUGUUCACACACGUUUCCUAUUGACUUUGAAGUGAUUUAUUUUAAAAUUUUCUAUAUACUAAAUUGUAUGGCAGUAAUGAAUUAAUUCGGUGGACAUUUCUGUGUGUAAUCUUCAAUAGUAAUAGAAAUUAAUAAUCAUUUUAGAGGAGACUGAAAUGACUCAAAUAUUAAGUGCAUUAGUAUGACGUUUUUAUUGUACCUACUGAAUGGUUCUUAAUAAUAAACUAUUAUAAAACUA